AUGUUUCACUUAUGCUUCAUUCUUCCACUUAACAUCAGGGUCUUAUCUGUAGUCAAUUUAUGCUCCGAGGCCCUCGGCCGUUUGAUCGCUUCUAGCGGGGAUACUGGCCGGGCAAUGAACGCUGCAGAAAAGAUAUUCUGCACUCUCGAUCGCAGAGGUCGGAUCCCACGAGACGAGGGUUGGUCACCAACUGGUGCGCCUACGGGGGACAUUGAGUUCCGCAAACUCACAUUCCAGUACCCAACUCGACCUGGCAUCAACGUACUUAAUGUUAGUGAUGCCGUUUAG